UGAAAGACUUCCCAUUUAAGCUAUUGAUUAAAUUCUAAAUAUAAAAUGUGAAUUUAGCAUACGGUUGACUUGGAAUAAACUGAAUAAUUUCAUUACACAGGGUAGGGCAACCCCUUAACUGUAUUAUCAUUUAGGGGUAGGGAUCUCCAGCUGAGGGAUAAUUACUUCGUAUGCCGAAGGGCCAUUACAAGGCACCUUAAUCAAAAUGAGGGUAUAUAUAUUGUCGACACUUUUGGUGGCAGCAAUAUGUUCUGCCCAGACACUGGUGAGACAGACUUGCUCCGACACACGCUCCUCUGUGGAUGUUCAAAUGACCGGUGCCAAUGCUGUGAUUGGUGGACUAUUUGAGAUGAGAACGUCAAUUCUUGGUGGAUAUGCAUGUGGAGAACCUCACAAAGAGCUGAUUCAAGUUUACGAAGCAGCUAGAUGGGCAUUACAGAAAGUAAACACCAAUGCUAUGGUACCUGGUGUCAAAUUAGGGAUGAAAGCCUAUGACACUUGUUCAUCAGAAGUAUUAGCUUUGAAGUAUGCCCAAGAUUUCUACUCUCGUCUGACUACUGGUCAGAACGCAUGUACUGCACAGACUAGCCAACUUAACCUUGGUUUCCUUGGACCACUGUCAAGCUGGACAACAACUGCAGUCGCUGAAAUGGCGGGAAAAUUACCAGCAUCUGUUUUAUCACCAAGAGCAAUGUCCACUGCGCUCAGUGACAAUGCUAAGUAUCCUUAUUUUCUGAGGACUUCACCUUCCUCGAGAGCUCAAGCAAAGGCAAUGAUUGAAGUUUUGAAACAAAUGAGCUGGAAAAGAGUAAUUGCAGUUUAUACAUCCAGUAUCUAUGGCAACAGUGGGUACGAAACAAUGGUGAAGCAAGCUAUGGAAAAUGAUAUUUGUAUUACUAAAGCGUUGUCCGUACCAAGCAGCGGUACUGUUUCUCAGUAUGCUGCUCAACUGACAAGUCUUCCAAAAUAUGACACAGAUGUUGCUCUCUUUUUUGGGUCCUAUAACGAGGCCAAGACUCUAUUCCAAGCUUUAGAGACUAUUGGUAGCACACUUGGUAUUCGAAGCAUUCAGUGGAUGGUCACCGACAUGAAUUUAAUGCAGGAAAAAUAUUCAAACAUUGCACGAGGUGCCAUAGCCGUCAUGCCACGUGCAACAUUAGUAACACAGUUUAGAGAUUAUUUUAUAAAUUUGAACGAAGUUUCAGCUCCUACAGAAAAUCCAUGGCUAGCAAACUGGUACAUGACACAAUACCAAUGCAAGUUACCAGGUGUAACUUACUUACCUUAUUCCAAUUAUACAAACUGUGUUACCAAGACAACAAACCAGAGGCGUAAUGACUUCAGACAGAACGCUUUUGUAGACAGAACUAUCAUGGCGGUGUUCGCUUAUGCCAAGGCUCUUCGGAAAGCACAAUCAGAUCGAUGUGGAUCCUCGUUCUCAGGAAUAUGCCCAAAUCUACAAUCUUUGACGACAUCAGACUUUCACAAGUAUCUGAAAGAUGUUGAUUUUACGUUUUCAACAUCAGAUAAUGUGCCAAGUCUGAGUGGUAAACGUGUUGCUUUUGACGAGAAUGGUGAUUUCAUAUCUGAAGAUUUUACAAUUUGGAAUUAUAAUGACAAAUCAACAGCAUUCGACUUCCACGAGGUAGGACGAUACGAAAAUGGUCAACUAGCUUUGUCACUGACUGAAAUAAAAAUGUACGACAACAACAGAAACUCGCCUCUGACCUCGCUCCCCACCUCACCUUGUCCAACUGAAGGAUGUGGACGUUGUGUAAUACCACGAAAUGCCGUAGAAUUUAUGUACAUGCCAGGAGAUCUGGUUAUUGCUGGCGUUGUCAGAGGUCAUGCUGCCGGAAGUGAACCAUUGUCAUGUGGAGACGUAAACGAGCUACAUAUGGCUUUCUCUGUUGCUUUUUAUUAUGCAAUACAAACAGUCAAAACUAAAUAUCCCGCACUAUUGAAAGGUGUUAAUUUAGGAGGUUUAAUUGUCGAUGUUUGUAAUAGCCAACAAACUGGUUCAAUGUUUUUCAACAAUAUAUUAGCCGAACUUCAAGUUGUGAGGGAUAAAAGAGGUCGCAUUGUAGAUCCUAAUGCAAUAAAGAUAAUAACGUCAGCUCUUACAAGUACACAGACCAUGCUAUUUACAGACGCAAUGAAGGCUUUUGAUAUUCAAGAACUUGGUAUAUCUGCCACGGCAUCAACGUUAAGUGACAAAAUGAAAUAUCCAAAUUUUGCUCGGGUUAUUCCGUCCGAUGCCAAACAGGCAGUUGCUAUGACGCAGUUUUUCAUUAAAAAUGGUUGGUCCUUUAUUCAGACUAUCAACUCUCCUGGUGACUACGGUCAAAGGGCUAUUAAAGAUUUAAGACAGGCAGCAGUAGAAGGACACAUUUGUAUUGGAGCUUCUUAUGAAAUGGGAACUGAUGGUACUAUAGCUAAAAUAUUAAAUAGUAUAAGACAACAAUCACAAGCUCGUGUAGUUGUUCUAUUUAUAGGUGGCGAUGACAAAAUAGAACUAUUAAAAGCAUUAAAGGCUGUAUCUUGGUCUAAAGACUACGUGUUCGUCGGUACAGAUGGCUGGUACAGUCAGAUGUUUGUUGGAUAUGAGGAAUAUGCUCCAGGCUUUGUGUCAUUUCAACCACAGCUAUAUUCUCUCAGUUCCUUUGAGAGUUGGCUCAAUAGUAUUAAUCCACGAAAAGCAAAUGACAUUCCAGGUUUUUCCGAAUGGUACGAAGAACUCAAUAAUUGUUAUAUCGUUGCAGAAAAUAGAGGCAAAUAUACAAACCCGUGUGGAUCUUCCAGUAUCACUACUGCUGCUGAAUAUAUUCCGAAUGCUUUCAUUGGUAAUAUGAUCAAUUCAGUCUACCUGUCAGCACAUGUUCUGGACAAAUCCUUAACAUCGAUAUGUGGUAACAAUUAUAAUGGUGUCUGUUCAGCUUUCCGUUCUGGGGAAUCUGUUUCCAACAGUUUGAAAACAAUAUUUAAUAACAUUUCAUUCGUUGCCGAGAUCAAUAGUCCAUUCAAGGUAGAAGGAAUGGAAGGGAUGCAGGACUUUGAUAUCUUCAACUAUCAGGGAUCACGUUUUGUUCAGAUAGGAAAAUUCAACACAGAACAAGGACGACUGUCAGACCAGUUUAAUCUACCAGUGCAGCUACCACCUGGACUUCCUAGUGUAACAUUCAAAUCCGUGUGUGAGGGGCGCUGUGCUCAGUGUUCAUAUGUCUAUAACCCAGGAGAAUAUGCUUACAUUCCUGGAGAUAUAGAAGUAGGUGGUGUAUUUGGAAUUCACGAUGCUAGUACUUCUAAUCCGUAUGUUUGUGGAGAUUUGAGAACUGUUAAUGGAUUUCAGUUUGCAGCCGCCAUGAUGUAUGCCGUUGAUCAAGUAAAUUCUAAAAUGUCACCAGUUGAUUUGAAAAAUGUCAAGCUUGGAGCACUCAUUUUGGACCACUGUAACGUUGAAAGCAGACGAUUCGAUGUAUUAUCUUCAUUAUAUUCUGGACUUCUGCCUGUCAACGAACAUGACAAUAUUAAAGUAUCAAAAGUUCGCGCAUGGGUAACAGACAACACUAGAUCAGCCAUUGAAGUUAAUGAGGUUGUUAAGCCAUUAAAUAUUCCGUUAAUUAGUCCUCUUGCUACGAGCAAUAGUUUGAAAAAUAAAGAUGACUAUCCAACAUUUUUUAGAACGAUUCAAGGUGACUUAACCUUGUCGGUGGCUAUGGCAAAACUAGCAAAAGCUUUGAACUUCCGGUAUGUUACUGUUCUUUACAGUGAUGAGGAGUACGGCAAAGUUGGAUUGGAAACUUUUACCGCUGUUGCAAACCAAGAAGGUGUUUGCAUCCUAUCCUCUCAUAAAAUAGAUUCAAGCACCAACAUGACACAAGUAAUACAAACUGUUGUUGGAUCUACUACUCAUGUUGUUGUACUAUGGACAAAUGGACCUCAUACCACUCAAUUCUAUCAAGAGAAAGCGAAACACUCAGCUGCUUCAAACAUAGUUGUCAUUUCCCCCAUGCCUUUUAUGUCUGUUGCACAAGGACUUGGUACAAAUGGCGGGAAAUCUUUCUUUUUAAAUAUCAAAACAUCAGUUAUAAACAAGUAUAUGGAUUUUAUAAAAAAUCUCCCACAGACCUCUAGCAUUACGACCAACCCUUUCCUGAUGGAAUAUUACAUGAACAUUCUUGGAUGUGAUUUGCCCAAUUUCUACAUGCAUGGUGUACAAUGUAGCAAUAUCCAAACAGUGGCAGCAUGGUCGGCAGCCAUUACACAAGAUAACUAUGUAAUUCCAACCAUUAAUGCUGUUUAUUCAUUCGCUGCUGCACUUGACGCUACCUUGAAAGAAAAAUGUGGACCGGCCUACACAGAUGUUUGUAAUAAUUUCCUGACAUUGGACAACGUCAAUAAUGUCAUUAUGGAAAAGAUGGAAACGACGACAUUUAAAGAUCCGUCUGAUUUCACUUUCCGGUUUAUGGAUAGAGAGGGAAACACCGGAAUGGACCUGAUUUAUUAUGAUGGAUCCACAUUAAAAACGGUAGGAGAGUUCGCUGGUGCAUCUCUGCAGAUUUCAGAUAACACAUUAGUUAACUUGUUUCCCGGGACUCGGUCGAGUUGUAUUGCUCCCUGUACUGAAUGUUUAAUCACCCAGAUGGAGUUCUCAUAUAUACCGGGUGAUAUUUUGAUUGGAGGGGUAUUUGACGUACACAAUAACGAUAUAAAUACAUUCUCAUGUGGAAAUAUCAAGACUCUUCAUGGGUUUCAACUUCUUGAAGCAUUUCAUUAUGCCAUUAGUAAAGUGAAUGAUAAAGAAGGACCAUUUGCAAAUAUUCUGAAGAACAUUAAACUGGGUGGAGUUGGAUUGGAUGCAUGUGAGAGCGCCAUAAAAAUGGGAUAUACAGUAUCCGAUAUACACAAUGGUAUAAUCUCCUUAACAAAGAACGGAGAGACAAUAAAUCCGGAUGAUAUUAGUGCAUACAUUGCUGGGUAUUCAAGUGACAGUUCGUUGUAUUUAGCUAGAAUUGCAAAAUCCCUGAAAAUACCACAGAUAAGUUACGCCUCGACUAGUAUGGCUUUAUCGAACAAGGAUAAGUAUCCGUACUUCAUGCGUUCUGUUCCUGCAGACGACAAUCAAGCCGAAUCCAUGAUCAGAUUUUUGGAUAAUUUUGAUAUUCGAUACGUUCAAGUUGUAUACUCUCCGAAUAAUUAUGGUCGACUUGGGUCCAUGGCAUUCUCAAAUCUCGCGAGAGAAAAUAAAAUCUGUAUUGGUCAGAUGAUGCAGUUUCCGGAUAAUGGCUCAGCAACACGUGAAAGUGCAAAUGAAGUGGUGUCUGCUAUACUGAAGAAACCAACUGCUAACACCGUGGUAAUAUUUGCAGACACUGGGUACAUAAACACAUUAUUUCAGGCAAUCAGACGAAAUCCUUCUGCCAUUGGUAAAUUCAAGUUCUUAGGUACCGAGACAUGGGGAAACAAUUUAGACAUUCUUUCUGGGGUAGAAGACCUCGCUGUUGACGCUGUUACUUGGUCAUUAGAAUCGGCUGAUAUUGGCGAUUUUGAUACGUAUUUGAGCACGAAAUCUCCUGGAAACUAUCCUCAGAACCCUUGGUUUCCUAAGUUUUAUGAAGAAAUGGUAGACUGUUAUCUCACGGUUCCAGAUGGUCGACACCCAGUUCAGUGCGCUUCUUUGUCGGAAGUAGUCAUCUCACAACGAAAUUACAUCCAGGAUCCGGGCAUUCUUCAUGUCAUCAAUGCUGUAUAUGCUGCGGCAAUUGGCAUAGACUCUGCAUUAAAACGUGUCUGUGGAGAAGAUUAUUCAACAGUUUGCGAGAAGUUCCGAAAUCAAGCAAACCGAAGGGAUAUUCUAAUGGAAAAUAUUUUAAAGGCUAACUUCAGUGAUCCGACUGGAUCCCAGUUUACAUUCACAGAUAAACGGGAUGGCAAUAAAGGGUACCAAAUGUAUUCAUUAUCCACAAGGAUGGAGGGUGACAAAUUAGCAUAUUACUACAAAAAGAUUGGUACCUAUUCUAGUGACAACAAAUUGGAAGUAGAUAGCUAUUCGCCUCUAUGGGACGGAAGCUGCAAUCGCGCCGACGCUUGUUCCGAAUGUCCAACUCUUCGGUAUACCACAAAUCGAUAUAUGUUUGACAAAUCAACCAAUCCGGCCAAUCCGAACGCGGCAACACUUGUCGCGGUAUUACCCAUCCAUGCUCAAGGAACAGAUCCUUAUCGCUGCGGACGUUUAAAUAUGGAAGAUUUCUACCGAGGUCUUUCAUUUUUCUUCUCAAUUCAGCGUUUAUCGAAUUCGCCGUUUGAUUUGCAUGGUAUACUCCUUGAUACAUGCACCAAUAGUCUUCGUAUCGAUCAAGAUUUGUACAAUUUGCUUUCUUCCGGGUCUUUAUGCAAUACCGUAUCAAACUUUGGGGACUAUGUGAUAAAUAAUUCAACGAUUGGGGGUGUUAUCACAACAAUAUCUACUAACGUAAUGGCGGCAAACAGAGUACUUGCACCAUUUAAGAUUCCGAUAAUUGGCUCUAUGGCUUCGUCCGUUUCUUUAAGUGACCAAUCAGAAUAUCCAUACUUUGCAAGAACUGUUCCUCCGGACAACAGACAAAUGAAAGUUAUUUCCGAAGUUCUUAAUCAAAGGAACUGGACAUAUGUUUCCGUAGUUUAUUCUCGUGAGACGUAUGGUGUUUCUGGUGCUAAUGAACUUGAAAAACAAGCCAAUCAAAAUGGCGUUUGUAUAGGUUUCUCUGUUGGAAUUUCCUAUCCAACUGAUGGAAAUGAAGCUAAGUCAGUCGUUGAACAACUUAUCGCUCAGCAAGGUGCUAAUGCAAUAGUUCUUAUUACUUUGGAACCAAGACCAAUUUUGCAAGCGGCCAAGGAUCUUGGUGUUCUAGAUCGAUUUAUUUGGAUAGGCACAGACAUUUGGGGAACAUCACUCAAUGUUGUAGAAGGCUUUGAAAACGAGGUGAUCGGAUCGAUAACUAUUGGUCUCCGUCAAACCGCUGUGACCGGUUUCGAUAAUUACUUAACUGAUUUGUCUUAUUAUAACCGUAAAAAUAUUCCUGAUGAUUGGUUUGAAGAAUUCUACCAGACAAUUCACAAAUGUCAGCUUCCAGAUGCGCAAGUUGUGAUGAAUCAGUACCCACUUUGUUCAAAAUCCGAAACAAUUACGAAAGCUAUGUUGAAAAUUGACGAACAAUUUGUUUACACAACAAUUGCAGCAACAUAUGCAGCCGCUUCUGCAAUUGAAAAAACAAGAAACGAGCGCUGCUCUGCACUAUCAACAUUCCGGGAAUGCUUUGAAACACAGAAUAACUGGGAUUUACUUUUCCAAAAAUUGUUGGACACCGAAUAUGGCUUAGCUGACGGGUUCAAUUUAAACUUUAAUUCAGAGCGAUAUUGGGAUGUUGGAUAUACAAUCAACAACUAUGUAAAGGAUGCUGGAUCGUUUAUGUACAAACAGGUUGGAACAGUUUUAGGAGACAAUGCAGCUUCAAUGUCCUCUUACGAUAGCUUUAAAUCAGAUAGUUUUACCUCUCAGUGUCCAGUGGGAGGAUUUUGUAAUUGCGAUUCUUCAAUUUUUAAUAUCCAGCCACAAGCACAGACCUCGUCAAAUCGCACAAAGGAAAUGGAACCGCGUAAUUACUUGUAUUAUGAUAAAACUGAAACUGAAUAUGGUACCAUUGAGUAUACUCUGCAUUAUACAUGGCCAAUUUGGGCAAUUGCCACAGCUGUGCCAACCUGUGUUGGGUUACUUAUAGGAAUUUUCGUUUUUGCAUAUUUCUUGGUGGCAUAUCCAGUAAGGGGAGGUACGACCGUCCUUGGAUUCAUGAUGCUUAUUGGAAUUUUAGGAAUCUAUGGAGUAAACUUUGCAUUCUUUUUACCAGCAUCAACUGCCACAUGUGGAGCGAGACGCUUUAUGAUGGGCGUUGUUUAUUCAAUUGUAUUUGCUGCUCUUUUGGUUAAAGCAGUAGACAAUUGGCGUUUUAAUGAUGUCGGGUACAGCACUGGAAAAUAUAAAGGACUUACUAGUACAUGUUCUUUCUUUAUGAUGGCUCUCGGAAUCGUUUGCAUCCAACUUAUUAUUCCAAUAGAAUGGCUGAUAUUAGAACAUCCGUCUGCAAGUAGUCAGUCGGACAGUCUAAUUAACGACUGGAUGUGGUGUGAUCCAGUAGACAGAUACGAUAUUGCCCUGAUCAUGUCUAUGAUAUUAGUAAUAUUUCUCGUCAUUCUUACUGCCAUAUUUGCUGCUCUUGCAUGGGACAGUGAAAGUAACUAUUUUGAAUCCAGAUGGAUCUUUGUGUCGUGCAUAUGCACGGCCGGUUGUUUUCUUGUUUGGAUGGUUGUAUCUACAAACGCUGGACCGCCAUACAGAGAUGCAACUGUUGCCAUGGCCAAUUUCUUUAAUGCUACGGCACUUUUAAUAUGCUUGCCAAUAAGAAAAUUAGUGCUUCUGUUUCAAUUUCAACGAGAGGAAGAGAAAGAUAGCAUGAAAGAGGAAACGGAUGAUAGAGUAAUCGAUACCUACUCACAGCUAUACUCUAAUGCUGGAUAUGAAAAUGAAAUGUUUCAACCAGAUGAACGAAAACCAGGAUCAGAUAUUGGUUUCUAAAUAACAGUUGAUACGAUGCUAUGUAUUUGCUGCUGACAGAAGUGUCCAUCUCUUACACAAAGAUCUGACCAUAAAUGUUGUCUGCAUUCAUAUUUAGAUAAAAAUGAGCAUUUUGUCACAAUUAGGAUGUGUUACAUUAGCUCGGUUUAAUAUUCUUGAUAAAAAGAGUUUUAUGGAUGAUUUUCGGACGUAAACGUGUAAUGCUUCUGAAAAUCUAAAAACAUGACGUUUUUUUUUGUAAUAAUCAAGGUAUUCGUUACUGUUUCGUAGUUUGGUUUUUGUUUUAUUCUCACAAUUAAAAAUUUUGAUUCACAUUUUCCCGAUGUGUAAAUGAAACCAAGAAUCUGAAUCAAAAUGUGUUAUAAAACACUUGAAUCUCAUAUCUGCUUAGAUUUUGAAAACUUUCACAGACCUUUUUAUAUCUUAUUUGUAUUUUAUAUUUUUAAGACUAUAAGUUCAUUUUCAUGUUUUAGCUGCAUUAUACUUUUAUAUAAAGAUAUAUAUAGAGUUCAACGAUAAUGCUUUGAAUUCUAUAAUGUUGAGUUUGUCCUUAGGUUCUUAGUUAAUGUGUUUGUUUGGUAUAACGGUCCUGUCUCACUGAGUGUUUUAUACUGUCAAACAUUAUAUAUACUUGCCAUUUUCCCAUAUAUCAUGAGGGGAAAAAAAUAAUUACAUUCAUAUAUGAAAAAGACACAUUAAACAAUCAAAAUAUGAAAUCCAUUCAAAGGCUUCAAAAUCAAUCAUAUUAGACAAAUCAUAUUUUAUAUUAUUGUUUUACUUAAAGAUAAAUGAUAUUAAUUUCGACGUUUCAGAAUCUAAUGGGUUAUGUGUAAUUUCGUGAUUCAAACUAAGAAAAUAGAUUAACAUUACAUCAUUUGGUAAAUGACAAUUAUUAUGUUAACCAAACCUAUCAGAACGUUGUGGUGUACGGUAUUGAAUAUAUUACCCAUAUUGCGUUAGAUUCUGAAACCGCGAAUUGUUCGAAAUCCAUAUUGAGAUUCUAGUGCUAUGAUAUUAUGCUAGAUUAAAACGUGUUUUUUUUUAUACUAUUGUAUUUUAUAUGAAUUAAAUAUUAUUAUUGUAUGUUUGUUUGAUGUAAGAUAAUCGAUUGUGAUAUAUUUUAUACAAUAAAAUAGAUUUUUUGAAUUGUUCAA